AUGACCAAUCUGACCAACCCCUGUUCUAAUGAUGAGUUUAAGUACACUCUGUACAGCUCUGCUUUCGGCAUAGUCUUUGUGUUCGGGCUACUCUUCAACAUGGCCGCAAUGUACAUAUUUGUGUGUACUCUCAAACUGCGGAAUGAGACGACCAUUUACAUGAUGAACCUGAUGGUGUCAGAUCUGCUCUUUGUCCUGAGUCUGCCGUUCCGCAUCUUCUAUUUCAUCAACAGACACUGGCCUUUUGGUGAGCCCCUCUGUCAGAUUUCUGUAGCUCUUUUCUACACAAACAUGUAUGGGAGCAUCCUCUUUCUGACCUGCAUUAAUGUGGACCGUUUCUUGGCCAUCGUUUACCCAUUUCGCUCCAGGGCAGUGCGGACUCGGCGGAAUGCUAAAAUCGCUUGCUGUGCCGUCUGGGUGCUGGUGCUGUCUGUCAGUUUCCCCAUUGGUUUUCAGCUGGACACACGAGAAGACAGCAACAGACACUACUGCUUUGAGAACUUCACCAAAAAUCAAUGGCAGUCCAAGUUGUCAAAAGUUGUGGUAUUUAUUGAAACUGUGGGUUUCCUUAUUCCUCUGGUGAUAAACAUCACUUGCUCCACAAUGAUCCUCAAGACCUUACGAGAUCCUCAGACCAUCAACCGCGGAGGCCAAUUAAAUAAGUCCAAGGUGAUGCGUAUGAUUGUGGUCCAUCUUCUCAUCUUCUGCUUCUGUUUCAUUCCCUACAAUAUAAACCUGGCUCUGUACACUCUGGUGCGAAGCAGAGUUCUGAAUGGAUGUAACGUUGAGUCUGUCAUCAGGACACUCUACCCCAUCACAUUCUGCAUCGCCGUCACCAACUGCUGCUUCGACCCUGUGGUCUAUUACUUCACCUCAGAGACCAUCCAGAACUCCAUCAAACGCAAAUCUUAUGCUGUCCGUAAUCACAUAAAGCAGUGCGACGGCCUGCAAAACUGCAACGAAGAGAGCUCCAUUAGAACUCUGAGGGCUACGUUUACUCACACCGAGUCAACAGUGUAA